AUGCGGCUUCUUGCCCAAGGCCACAUGUUUCAUCGUCACAACCCCAUCCACACCGACUCUGCCCAGUUCGUCCAUUCAUCGACUCCCAAAAGCGGUAACAGUCGGUGUGCCGUGGUCAAACCCAACAAACCAUUGUCGUUCCUGCUCACGCCGAAUGGCCGAUGUGGGGCCGCUAUCUGGCAGUACAUACAGGACGCUAACAAGGUUCUUGCCGAUUCGACUAGCGGGUUCCCGGCUCGACAGGACACUGCCCAACGUGCGGGGCGAUCAUCCCCCUACCCUCUGACCCUUUUCAAAAGCAACAGCUCCACUACGGAGAGCCAAUACGGCGGUAACUCAUACGACGUAGUCACUUCCAAUAUGCAACCAAAAGAUCCCAGUCAAGUUGGCGUGGAAGACAAGGAAACGAAACGAACCCGAGAAGACAUUUCGUACCAAAAUUUGUCUCGGGGCCGCACCUACAUACGGAUAGAUGUAUCCGCGGAAACGCCCUAUUGCUCCCCGAUGGAUUGGCCACUUUCCGAACUCUGGGCCCACCUACGAAAGUAGAUUGGGUGGGGGUCGUCGGG